GUUUCAGUAACAGACUUUGAGUGAACCCGCUGCGUCGUCCCCCUAGUUCCUUAAUGGAAUCUCCGACAUCGCAACGUCCUUAAACUAUCUCCUCCUUCGCAGCAAUAAGAAUAGCUCAAGCAGAAGCGGCUCAUUUUCGUCGCCCACCAGCUCCAAAUCUGCUCUAGGCUUUCGUAGUCAGCGACAACGUUCAAUAUCUGUUGUUUUGCGUAUAUCUGUCGGGUCUUUAGGAGGAAUUGCAGCUUUUGACGGAGGUUGUGUUACGAGUGCUGCUUCUGCAUCUAUUGGGUGGCUGCAGUGUAGGUCCACUGGAGCUUUGUUGUAGUACCUUAUGGGUGCGCCCAAACAAAAGUGGACAGCCGAUGAAGAAGCAGCCUUGAAAGCUGGAGUUAUCAAGCAUGGUGCUGGUAAAUGGAGGACAAUACUAAAGGAUCCUGAAUAUAGUAGUGUUUUGUACCUCCGAUCGAAUGUGGACCUCAAGGACAAAUGGAGAAACAUGAGUGUCAUGGCAAAUGGAUGGAGCUCUAGGGAGAAGUCCAAGUUUGCUGUUAAGCGGAUGCACCAUGUUUCAAAACGAGAAGAGAGUCCUCUGCCUGCUGAUAAUGAUGUCAAAAGUGAUGAAGAUGCCGUGGAUAUUAAGGCUCACGAAGUUCCUCUGAUGCCUAUUCCUGCUCCGAUAAGAUCUACCAUAAGGUGAGUCGAUCUCUUAUGGCAUGAUUCCUACAAUCAAUAUAGCCUUUCAUGAAUUGCUUAUGUGCAACCUUCUGCUACAGUUAUGGUACAUUUCAGGGCCUCUAGAAAUAUAGAAGUAAUGACAUUAAAUCAUUUCUUGGCGAUUAAACAUAGAAAUCCAUGUGCAAUUUGUUUUUCUGGUGUAAGAGAAAUCAAAUUAAUAAUGGGGGUUGUUGCUUUUGGAACGAUGAUCUUCGGGCAGAAGUUCCAUUUUUGGUCGGUCCCUCCGUAUGAAAUGCCUCAGUCAGCUCUUUCUCCCCAGCCUUCUACGCUCUUUUCUUCGCUCAUGUGCACAUCAGUCUUCUCUCUCUGCUGGGAAGCAGCUCCAUGCGGUCAUACUCACCGCUAGCCUACCAGCAUCACACAAUUCCUUCCUUCCGAAUGCCCUUCUUCACCUUUACUCGUCCUGUGGAGUUGUUAGUUAUGCCCGCCACUUGUUCUUCCAAAUCCCCUCAUCACACAAAGACUUAGCAGAUUGGACCUCUUUCUUGAAUUGUCUUUCAAAGCAUAAGAACGAUCCUUGUGAAGCUUAUUGGUUGUUCAAUGAAUUGAGGAGAAGGGGUAUUCUUGUUGAUGAUGUUGUGCUGCUUUCCAUGCUCGGUUUGUGCGCUAGAGUGGGAAAUUUGGAGAUGGGAACUCAACUGCAUGGUUGUGUGAUGAAGAUGGGUUUCAAGUAUAGUCUUAAGGCGUGCAAUGCGAUAAUGAAUAUGUAUGUGAAAUGUGGGUUACUAUCCAAAGUAAGAGGUGUUUUCAGUGAAAUGAAGGAACAGAAUGUUGUGUCGUGGAGUAUACUUUUGGAAGGUGUGGUGAAGUUGGAAGGGCCAGAUAAGGGCAGGGAGUUGUUUGAUAAAAUGCCUGAGAGGAAUGAGGUUGCUUGGACUUUAAUGAUCGCAGGUUAUGUUGGGAGUGGAUUGAUCAAGGAAGGGUGUUUACUUUUGAAUGAAAUGGUUUUGCAGUCAGGCCUCAGGUUGAAUCAUGUUUCCCUUUGUUCUAUUUUAUCAGCUUCCGCACAAUCUGGUGAUGUAGCGUUUGGGAGAUUGGUUCAUGUUCUUGCUUUGAAGGAAGUGGGGUUGGACAUCAUGGUUGGGACAGCUCUGGUUGAUAUGUAUGCCAAAUGUGGUCGAAUAAACGUAGCAGUUAGAGUUUUUGAGUAUUUGCCCAGGAGGAACGUAGUUACAUGGAACGCUAUGCUUGGUGGGCUAGCAAUGCAUGGAAAGGGCAAAGCUGUGUUGCAUAUGUUCUCUAAGAUGUUUGAAGAAGCUAAUCCUGAUGAUUUAACCUUUAUAGCUGUGCUAAGUGCUUGUAGUCAUGCUGGUCUGGUUGAUCAAGGUUGGGAGUAUUUUCAUAAUCUGAAACCAGUGUAUGGAAUAACACCCAAAAUAGAUCAUUAUGCUUGUAUGGUUGAUCUGCUUGGACGAGCUGGUCGCUUAGAGGAAGCUGAAAGAUUAAUACAGAAUAUGCCAAUGCCUCCCAACGAGGUGGUUCUAGGAUCAUUAUUGGGUUCUUGCAGCCUUCAUGGAAAGUUACAGAUUGGUGAGAGGAUUUUACAUGAUCUGGUUCAGAUGGAUCCUCAGAACACUGAAUAUCACAUACUGCUUUCAAAUAUAUAUGCUUCAUCAGGAAACCAGAAGCAGGCAAACUCCCUGCGGGAUGCUCUGUAUCGUAGGGGGAUUAGAAAGGUUCCUGGAAUGAGUUCCAUUCAUAUAGGAUGCCGUGUUCAUCAGUUCACUGCUGGUGAUAAGUCACACCCUCGAACUCCAGAGAUCUAUCAUACCCUAGAUGAUAUGAUAAUUAGGUUAAGGCUAGCUGGUUAUGUCCCACAUACUGCCUCCCAGAUUUCUGCGGGGGCUGAUGGUGGGUAUAGUGGAGAUGAGGAGGAGAAGGAGCAGGCAUUGCUAUCACACAGUGAAAAGCUUGCCUUUUGUUUUGGUCUUAUAAGCACGAGUCCUGGUACAUCCUUGUAUAUAUUCAAAAAUCUACGUAUGUGUCACGAUUGCCAUUCUGCGAUCAAGAUUGCUUCAGAUGUAUACCAACGAGAAAUUACUGUCAGAGACCGCAACCGAUUCCAUUAUUUUAAACAAGGUUCAUGUUCUUGCUCUGAUUAUUGGUGAUCUCGGUUGCAAACUGGAUGCUUGUAAUUGAAGAAACUGACUUGGGAUAGAGACGGAUGAGUGCCAAUAUGGUUUACUAAGCUAUUUGCAAGGAGAUUGUGUUGGAAUAAAUAUGAUGUGUGCAUCAGAACAUAUUUGUUAAAUGUAUAUACUAAGAAUUUCCAACAUUAGCUAGUUGGACAUUCCAGUAGCAAUUGUCACGAUCAUGCUGAAGUGGGGAUAUCAGUUGUUUCAGGAACUAUGUAAGAGGAAAUUUAGCUGAUCAGAAAGAAGCCAGAAAAUGAAGGCUCUAGCUGGUCGUAUAUCUCAGGGCCCUUGCGAAAUCAAAAUAAUCUGGUGGUACAUUGCAGAUGAGAUCAACUGAAUGUGGACCAUUCAGUUCACAAUAAGUUUCCUCUGAAGCCUUUGCCAGCUCACUAUGGUCAUGGUAUUCACCACGGGGCUUUUCAUAACAUAGUAGUUUGAAACUAAGGAGUGCUACAAAAUUUAGCAUGAGGUUCGGUACUUAGUUGGCACACAAAAACAAGAUGUUCUCACCUUUGAGUUCAACUGUUAUAGGGACAUGUCAAGCGUCAAAAUGUUGCCUGAAUCUGAUGCAUACUCGAGCAAAGUGGUUCCUAUAUAUUAGGGUUUAUAUAGUUAUCCAGUCAUCAUUUCAUUCAAAUGUUUAUAUAAGAAGAUUUGUCUUCAUUGUUCUAGGCUGGAUAAUCUAAUCAUGGAGGCUAUUGCCCACUUGAAGGAGCCUGAUGGUUCAAAUAAGACAGCGAUUGCUUCAUACAUUAAGGAGCAAUAUUGGCCACCUCAAGAUUUUAAGAGGAUAUUGUCAGCAAAACUGAAGCAUUUGACUUCGUCUGGCAAACUGAUCAAGGUCAAACGCAAAUACAGGGAAGCACCAGCUUCAUUUUCCAACAGGAGGAGUGCUUCCAUGUUACUGCUGGAAGGAAGAGAGAGAAUAUUCCAAAGAGCUGAGCAACUGGAGGAUUUCAACGUGGCUAGAAAACCACAGAUUGACCGGGAACUAUCUAGGAUGAGAAAAAUGAGUGCCAGAGAGGCGGCAGCUGUUGCUGAUCAAGCAGUUUCCGAGGCAGAGGCUGCCAUUGCGGAAGCAGAAGAGGCCGUAAGAGAGGCAGAGGCCGCCGAAGCUCUUGCAGAAAAGGCAGUAGCAUUUUCUGAAGCGGCGACGAAGACAAUGAAAGGAAGGACCAAUUCUAAGAUGAGAGUCUGACGGAGAUGCAAGAAUCGGGAUCAAUACAUGGUAGUGAAGGACUAGUUCUUUGCUGAAUCCUGUAAAUAUGGAGAUGAGGAAGCAAAGGGAUCCAGCUAGUUGAUUUGGGUAGAUUCAUUAAUAAUCAUCCAGAAAUUGUCCAAGGUGUUCAUCCUUGGUUAACCAUCCUUUGUUGACUUUUGCUUUGCAUGAGCCGUAUUUAGGGUUGAGUUACUUUGUCGGGUGUUCUUUGUGUAGACAGCAAAGUGACAGGUGUAGUUACUCCCUGGCUCCCUGUAGAAGAGAGCAAUGAAGAAGAGAAACUAGGAAACCGAAGGAAAAUGGGUUAAUUGCAUGGUUGGUCACUGAGAUUAGAAAAAACGUUUAAGUUUGGUCACUCGAAAUAUUUAAAUCUAUUGGUGGUACUUCAGUUUACUGAAAUCGUUCACGUUUGGUCACUCUCUGUCCAACUCCGUUAACUUUGGCUAAUGUGGCAGUCAAUU